AUGUUCUCCCGAAACCACCGGAGCCGGGUCACCGUGGCCAGGGGCUCCGCCCUGGAGAUGGAGUUCAAACGCGGCCGCUUCCGACUCAGCCUCUUCAGCGACCCGCCCGAGGACACAGAGUUGCAGAGAAAGCUAGACCAUGAGAUCCGGAUGAGGGAAGGGGCCUGCAAGCUGCUGGCGGCCUGCUCCCAGCGAGAGCAAGCUUUGGAGGCCACCAAGAGCCUGUUGGUGUGCAACAGUCGCAUCCUCAGCUACAUGGGUGAGCUGCAGCGGCGUAAGGAGGCGCAGGUGCUGGGCAAGACAGGCCGGAGGCCUUCUGACAGCGGGCCGCCUGCUGAGCGCUCCCCCUGCCGUGGCCGGGUCUGCAUCUCUGACCUCCGGAUUCCACUCAUGUGGAAGGACACAGAAUAUUUCAAGAACAAAGGUGACCUGCACCGCUGGGCUGUGUUCCUGCUGCUGCAGCUAGGGGAACACAUUCAGGACACAGAGAUGAUCCUGGUGGACAGGACCCUCACAGACAUCUCCUUUCAGAGCAACGUGCUCUUCACCGAGGCAGGGCCAGACUUUGAACUGCGACUGGAGCUGUAUGGGGCCUGCGUGGAAGAGGAGGGGGCCCUGGCUGGAGCCCCCAAGAGGCUUGCCACCAAACUCAGCAGCUCCCUAGGCCGCUCCUCAGGGAGGCGUGUCCGGGCAUCGCUGGAGAGUGCUGGGGGUUCGGGGAGCAGUCCCAUUUUGCUUCCGACCCCAGCUGUGGGGGGUCCUCGUUACCACCUCCUGGCUCACACCACGCUCACCCUGGCAGCAGUGCAAGAUGGGUUCCGCACACACGACCUCACCCUCACCAGCCAUGAGGAGAACCCCGCCUGGCUUCCCCUUUAUGGUAGCGUGUGUUGCCGCCUGGUGGCUCAACCUCUUUGCAUGACUCAGCCUACCGCAAGUGGUACCCUCAGCGUGCAGCAAGCUGGGGAGCUGCAGGACUGGGCACGAGUGCAUGGAGUCCUGAGAGGCACAAACCUCUUCUGUUACCGGCAACCUGAAGACGCAGACACUGGGGAAGAACCGUUGUUUACUAUUGCCAUCAACAAGGAGACACGAGUCCGGGCAGGGGAGCUGGACCACGCUGCGGGCCAGCCCUUCACCCUGAGCAUCAGUAACCGGUAUGGGGAGGACGAGGUGACACACACCCUUCAGACAGAGAGUCGAGGAGCCCUGCACAGCUGGAUGGAGGCUCUGUGGCAGCUUUUCUUUGACAUGAGCCAAUGGAAGCAGUGCUGUGAUGAAAUCAUGAAAAUUGAAACCCCUGCUCCCCGGAAACCACCCCAAGUACUGGCCAAGCAGGGGUCCUUGUACCAUGAGAUGGCUAUUGAGCCGCUGGAUGACAUCGCAGCGGUGACAGACAUCCUGGCCCAGCGGGAGGGCACAAGGCUGGAGACACCCCCACCCUGGCUAGCAAUGUUUACAGAACAGCCUGCCCUGCCUACCCCCUGCUCACCUGCCUCAGUGGCCCCAGCCCCAGCUCGGACCCACCCCAUGCCCUGGGGGCGACCCCGAACAUUCUCCCUGGAUGCUGUCCCCCCAGACCACUCCCCUGGGGCUUCCCGCUCGGUCGCCCCUCUCCCCCAGCAGCCAUCCCCACGGUCCAGAGGCCUCUUCAGCAAAGGCCCGUCCCGCACUUGGCUCCAGUCACCAGUGUGA